GUUGCGCCGCAAGUGACCGAGUCCAAGAUGGCGCGGCGCCUGUCUGAGAGGGCGACCGCUGUGACCUGUGUGUGAUUGGCGGCGUGUGUUGCGGUAUUUGUUGUCACUCGGACCUGUUACAGUGACCAAUCGUGUGAUGUGACCGAACAGGGCGAGCGUGGGCGCGCCAGCAUGUCUCAAAAGGACUACUCGGAGGUGGAGCUCGGCAGCGACGUGGAGCUGUCGUCCACCAGCCGCGCCCUGUUCCUGGAGAAGGUGCGCCUGGCCAACACGGCCUGUCAGGCGGGCGAGUUCGAGUCGGCCGUGCGCCUCUACUCGGAGGCCAUCUCGCUGGACCCGGCCAACCACGUGCUCUUCUCCAACCGGUCGGCGGCGCGCGUGAAGCUCGGUCAGCUGCAGGCGGCGCACCAGGACGGCCUGAAGGCGGCAGAGCUCAGCCCGCACUGGUCCAAGGUGAGGAGCACGCAUCAACACAGGGCCUCGAGGUGGAUUGGGGAUUAAUCUGAGCUUGUUUAGCCUCUUCUUGGUUGCUUCUUGUCCACUGGGGUAGUGUUACUGAGGGCUGGGGCCUUUACCAGCCGAGCGGCUCUCGGCACUGUCAUUCCCUGUUGGCCGCUGUCCGGUGGCUAUCACUGCGCCGGUGGAGGGCCUGCCGCGGUCCCCGGACCUCCGAGUGGUCCGCCGCGGUCAUCUGACCUCCGAGUGGUCCGUCGCGGUCACCUGACCUCCGAGUGGUCCGUCGCGGUCACCUGACCUCCGAGUGGUCCGUCGCGGUCCCCGGACCUCCGAUGGUCCACCGCAGGCCCCGCGGCUGAAGCAGCCGGCCGGACACGCCAUGGGCCGAACCCCAGCUGCCGCCGCUCGCGCCUCGGCCCAAGGCUGCCGGGCCUAACCUUCGGCGACCGCUGCCAGCCGCCAUUAGGGUCCGCUUUAUUGGUAUCUUUAGUCGGAGGGCAGACGCUAGUUCGUCACGCGCGCCGCGUCAAGAUCUGGCCGAGAUUGGAGAGAGUGGCGCACAUCGUGACGACAUAUUGGAAUCCAUUAUUAAUGGGCCGAAGGAAGUGCGCGGUCGCGGCGAACAAUUAUGCGUGGAGCGGCGGAGAGGUCAAGUCGCCACUCAUCCACCCUCUGACCGAUCGAUAACGGAGACAGGAGCCGACGAAACAACCGUCUCCGAUCCGCACGUGAAACUUGCGAAACGGACACCCGUCACGGCUCUGCCGAAAGAGGGGGAUUGAUGAGUGGUUGGUGGGCAUUUUUUACGAUUUGAUCCAAAUGCGGUUUUAAAUUGACUGUUGGAAUUUAUCUAAUGCUAGAAGUCUGUCAGGGUGCAAUUAUGUAUCAACAUUAGGUAUGCUGCUGCUUAGGCAUUUUGGGGAUUUUCGAGCCGUGCAUGUUGACUGCCUGAUGAAUACGAUUUAAGCCUCAUGC